GCAACAUUUUACGGCUCUGUGCUCUUAAGUUGAGUCCUUGGCGGUUAUCUAGCAGUGUUGUGUUUUCAAUUCUUUGUUGCGUUCUCUGCUCAGAUUUCGCAAUAAUAACAAACGUGAUUUUGCGGACGCUCUUUGCGUGAUCGGCGACCUUUCGCAGUGUACUCCCCCCUUCUGCACGCCACGCACCUACUUUCCUCUCCCCACACAGUGAACUUUGGAUUUGUACGAACAAAGAGGUUGUCUGUCCUUUUCACGGAUUCAUAGUUUUGUUGUUAGAUUCUUCACAACAGGGAAAUUAACCAUGGCAAGUUGAAACGUGUAACUGAUUCGGUUGUGUUCUAGAAGAUGGAACUUCCCAGGAAAAACUUGUCGACUAUCACAAAGCUUUGCCUGUUGUGCGCGGUCUUCGUGGCUGAUGUUUGUUUUCCCAUCAUCGAGGCUUCAAGAUCGGGUAAAAAUUUAUCACUUUAUUUUCCUUUUAUUGCCUCUUGAAAAGGUUCAUAACGUAGAGGGUAAUAUUUUCCUUCCUUCUAGGACUUUUUUGCAUAACUUAAGAAUACGCAAAUUAAGAUUGAAAACAAAUUAAGACUUAACAACUCAGAACAAAUCACAAAUGCACCGCUAUAUAAUAAACGACUUUAUUGUAUUAUGUAAGAUUUAGAAAAUAUAAGCUUACUUUAGUGUAAGGUUACAAUACGUAUAAGAUUUUGAUGAAGGUUUGUGCGUUUGCAAAUGACAGCUAAUCGUUUUACGUCUGUUAUAGCUUAAACAUUCCCUUCAAAAGCUCAAUACUAUGGUACCCUAGUAAAGAAGAUUCUUAUCUGACGUGAAAGAGUCAUUAACUAAGUUUAUUUUCUUUGUCUGGGUGCGUUGUGUAUCCUUUGAGCAGGGGUCAGUUUUCGAACUAUGUUCUAGCGUGCGAGAGCUCAAUCUCUGUCAACAACCGCCUGAUUUCCAAUGACGAGUAUUACUGAUAUUCAAAUAACUGGUUUCUAUGAUCUGGCUCAAAAUGAUGUCAUUACUAUCUGUUGUUGAUGUCUGUGCUUCUAUAGAGAAACCUCUAUUUAGCGGAAGACUUCGGAACCUUCCCAAGUGUCCGGUUAAUAGAAGGUGUCUACUUAAUAGAGGUUUAUUUGUAAAAAUUGUGCAAUGCUCGUUAAUGAUUAACAUUCAACAGUUACUCUGUACUGUGAUAAAGUUCCAUGUUGUUGAGGAAGCUAAGGAAGCUGUGCUGUACUUUGUAGAAGACUUUGAGGUGAACUUUUGACAGCUAAAUGUAUUGAUUUAUCUUUAUUAAUCGACUAAAGUACGUACAUCAAGGACGUAAUCCUAUGCUACUAUUGUCAAUUCCGUCCAGUGUCCACUUAAUAGAGGUUUUUAACAAUAGAAAUUAGCCAAAUACAAUUUAUUUUAGUGUCCGCUUCUGCUUAAUAGAGGUGUCCGCUGAGUAAGGGUUCGUUAUAAAGAAAAAUAUAAGGCAUUACUUUCGAGACGCGGCUUAGUGUCCACGUAAUAGAGGGUGUCUGCUUAAUUGGGGGUCCGCUUAAUAGAGGUUUCACUGUAGUUUCAAAUGAUUUUCACCAAUCACAGAUUUCCAAAGGAAAAUCAUGGUGACAUAUUUUGAAAAUAGUUAAUUACGCAGUCUCUUGCUAUGCCCAAUCACACCUCACACAUCUAAUUCGGACCUCUUCACGUAUCCCAAUCAUAAUAAAUUUGGGGCCCAUCACCCAUCAGGGAAAACCCCUUUGCCACCUUGGUGUAUUCAAUGGAACAAAAAAGUGACUCUCUUGUGGAGAUCAGGUGACCAUAAGUAGGAGAAUUCAAUGUAAUAAUAAGCAAUGAAUUUUUGGAUGAGUUAGUUAUAGUUAGUUUGGUUGGGUAUCAGCUCAGAUUGUAUGAAUCUUCCCUGCCAAUCAUACUUGUCCAGCGUUGCUGUUCUCAGUUUUCCAAUAUAUUGUCCUCAAGCAUGAUGAGACUGAGAAUGAUGUCAAGAGUGUAGUAUUCAUUCGAGGUUUCUCAAUUUCUGAUUGGCUUAAAUUCCCCAGUCAAUUCUUUGUAACCAGGUCCCAUUGACCAAAAAUGGAAGUCAUGUGGUGAUAUAUUAGUAAAAUCAAAUAUAUAAUAUUGUUAAGAUAUCAACAGAAAAAGGGAUAGCAAGGCACAGUAGUGCUUAUAGCUGUUUAGGCAGAGAUGGAGAAAACAGUGGAUGAUUUCACAUGUUUUGCAAGGAAGAAAUAGCCAAACUACUGCCUAAAACUCAGCAAGCAAAAAUUCCUCCCAAUACAUUGAAACUGCUGUUUGAAGAAUAUCUGCUCUACAAAAUAUCCCUUUAUAACCUAAAACUGCUAAGGAACAGGCAAAGGUCUUGAACAGGGUUCUCAUUAAUUUUUAAAGUAUAGACAGGUAGGAUAUAAAAGUAGGCGACUUGGUAACUGCAGAGUGCUGUAGGCAAUUUCAGGCUUUUACUGUCUCACUUAACCUUAUUUCUGCCAAAAGUAGACGGCUCAAACCUCCAAGCAGCCGGUUUUUUAGCCGGCUGCCGUCACUUAAAGAAAACCCUGAUAAAGAUAAGAAUGUCAAUAGUUUUUUAAAACUUAAUAUAUUGCUUUCUACUAGUUAUAGCUAUCGCCAAGUGCUAACGAGCAAAGAUUUUACCUAUACAUGUGCACCGUUUAAUUUGUUUAGACAAUGCCAUGAAUUACCAUUACAAUAAAAAAUUCCAGCGGGCAAAUGUGACAGCUAUAUAUGCAUAUGUUGCAAAUGAAUCCACUCUACAAUUGGUUGAAGAUGGGAUGAGUACGGGACUCACAAACACGCACACAGCCCGUGGAUUCUCUGUUCUGUAUCACGUGUUUGCUUGAAAACAAUGCAUUCUCUGUUCUGCAUUGCAUCAUAAAAGUUCCCUUACACUUCCUUAUGUGACAUCGCUUAGAGAUUCAUUCUGCCUUGGAACUUUUGUGCACGGCUUUAUUAGGCUGCCACCUUGCAGCCUUGCGUCUUCGCGAGACUGCUCGUUGGCAAUUCAUGUAUUAAAUAUAAUAAUAAAUUAUAAUGAUUGAAGUCAAUUAACUAGCAAAAUGAUUAUUUAUGAAUGAGGGAUAGGAGACCAAGGAAAUUGAAAAUCAACUUAUGUUAAAAAAUUUCACCCUUUUUAAUAUGUCAUUUAUUAUAUAAUUGUGCUAGGUUUUGUGCAUUGUGGCCCAUGCAAACAGUUUUAAUUUGUUUACAUGACUAUAACCUGCUUAAUAAAGACCCAAAUAGUAAAGAACUGAUGCAUGUAGGACUCCCUUGUAGUCCUUUAUCUCACAAAUAUUAAUUGGCCCAAAUAUAAAAGGGUCUGUUAUUAGCAAAAUGUGCAUUUUUGUUUAUGUUUUACUGCUCAGCAUCUGUGUGCAGCAUGAUUUGUAACCUCUAGUUAUAACUACUUUUUAGGCUGCUCUGAUCCCCUUGGUAUGAAAGAUAGAAGAAUAAAGAAUUACCAGCUGAGCUCCUUUUCAUAUUAUAAGAAUGAUCAGGAUUGGGCAGCCAGCCAGGGAAGACUGGAUAACAGCAAGGCCUGGUGCAGCAAUUCAAAUGACAACCGGAAAGAAUACUUUGAAAUUGACCUGCUUAGGGUCAGACAUGUAUCAGCUAUGGAUAUGCAAGGAUAUCAGGGCUGGAUUGGCUUAUAUCGUAGAAACUACUAUGUAAAGACUUUCGGUCUAAACUACAGUUAUGAUGGGGUAACUUGGUACAUUUAUAGAGCCAACGAUGGUACUGAAUUGGUAAGUAUCAUAAGAACAUAGCGUGAUGGGCAAAUUCCAACCCAAAUGUGCAAUUUACAGCCCUAAACAAGGCAAUGAGCAGCCCUCUCUUUCAAAUGUGAUUCCUCAAGUUCUCAUCACUCCCUUUGAAUAACUAUUGUUUAAUUCACUGCAGUAUUUGUUACUAAUGCUUAAUUUGGUUUUACUUUAAAAUUGUCAGCAGGUCCUUGAUUUAAUUUUUAAUUCAAGACUGUAGUGUGCUAUUUUCUUUGUCCUUCGAUUACAAUAACAUCUGCCUUGACUGAUUGUUUUGAUGAGCGGAAGUGAAUAUUAUGAUGAAUCGGAAGUUAGAGAAAAUUACUGUGGGGUAAAUGUUGUGAAAAAUGUUUGCAGUAAUUUUUUUGCAGGACAACAGAAAAAUCGCAAAAAUUAGAUCUUGCAAAAAUUUUGUGGCACACAGUAUCUCCAUUCUGCAUGAUUUAAAAUGUAUUUAUUUUGUGGAAUAACCACCCUCCUUAUACCAGUGGGUAAUCUACUUGUUAUAUCUUUUCUAUUCUGGUUUUCUAAUCUUUUAGCACUAACCUUUGAUUUUUUUUAUUCCCAUUUACUCUUAUUAAGACUUUUACUGGAAAUAGCAAUGCUAAUGAUGUGAAGACUAACCAAUUCAGAGACACAUUUGUGACAAGAUUCCUUCGAAUACACCCCAAGGAAUUUUAUCGUGACAUGUGCCUUAGAUUGGAGUUCUAUGGAUGCAGUGACGAAGCAGGUAAUUAGUGUCACCAUUUUAGAAACUUAGGGCCAAAUAUUUAAACCUAGUUUAGCCAGUGUUUAACAAAACUGCAUUCUAAGUCAUUUUCAAUUUGCCCACCAAUUUUAUCUAAACAUCAUUUACUGUGAGCAGUUUUAUGAAAGUAUAUAGAGACCAAAGAAGAGAUGUGGAGGUCCAAAGAUUCGUUAAACUGCAGCUUAAGUUAGACUUCCUUUAAAUCUUAGGUUCUUAAUGUUUAAUGCAACCCGUUACUACUCAUUAAGACUGAGCAUUUGAAAAUAAAUAAUUUCAACUAUUUAAAAAAAGUAGAGUUGGGAUCAGAAUCAAACCAAAAGAAAUUUAAACGUUUUAACCCUUUAAGCCCUGAGAGUGUACGAGCACCAAAUUUUCCUCAAUAUAUAAAAUUCGAAAAUAUCCAUGUGUGCCCCUCCAAAUUAAACAAAGUGGUAAUGAGAAUAAAAUCGCCCCUCAAAUAUAAGCCCCCAGGGGCUUGCAUGAUCAAAUACAAAAGUAAAACAAAGAAAAAUUUAAAUUUGAUUUAAACUAUUUUAUUAACCGAUUUUCAUCCUCCAUUGAUAGGCCUCCUAAUAUAAGUUCCAAAAAUCAAAGUUGAAAAAAAUAACUGAGGAAAAUGAUUAAAAAUGAGAAUGUAAAUGAAGAAAUCUUUUAUUAACCGCAUCCUCCAUUGUGAGGAAAAUGAUUAAAAGUUGCCACCUUCUGGCUGAAUCACAGGAGCGCCAACGGAGCGCGUGGGUGAGCCACUAGGUGGGUCUGGGUUUUUUUUCCCCUAGAACGUGUUGAAAUCUUGAUGCUCUGAAAAGCCAUUUCCAGUGUUCUGAGAGGACGAUUUUGUCUAAAAUGUUAGCUAAAUUGCACAAAUUGAUUGUCAUUUUUUGCUUAUUUUUAUGUGGUCAUCUUUGCGUACAUUAAAUACUCUAUUUUAAUUUAUAUUUUGAGUGUUUUUUUUUAAAGUUUUUAAUUUCCUGGACAUCAAUUCUAGAAGUAUACUCUGUUAGGUGUUCUUGUAUGAAUAUUGUAAGAAUUAUCGGAACAAAAUGUCAAAAUCAGGAUUUUUCCCACAAUAUGGUCGGGAUUGGGAAUUUUCAAGCAAAAUUGGGAGAAUCCCAACAAAAUUGGGAUGGCUGGACAGUCUGAGUUCUACAGGAAAUGAAUAGGGACAACAAAUGAGAAUUUUAACUUUGACUUAGCUAGGUUUUAAAGGUAUAAACCCUACAAAAUAAUAUGCUCAACUAUUCCACUUUAUUGUUUUCAGAUGACUGUACUGAAUACAUUACUGAGCCCAGUGGAUCUAUAAGAAGCCCAGGCUACCCCAACAUCUAUCCUCACAACAAGGACUGUUCUUGGCUUAUUUCAGUUAGCAGUGGCAUGUACAUUGCUCUUAUGUUCACACAUUUUGAUGUCUACCAAGGGUCAAAUCCCCAAAAGUGCAGCAAUGACUUUGUAGAAGUCAGAGAUGGGCUUAGUGAUAUCUCACACAAUAUUGGUGGAAAGUACUGCAAUGGAAACAUGGCCAUGUUAAUAUUGACCACUGGAAACCUUGCACGAGUCCAUUUCCGCUCUGGUAGUGCCAGCCCCGGCUCUCAUGGUGGAUUUGUCUUUGAAUACCUCUCAGUAAAACCAGGUAUUGAUAAUAUGCAACUUAGAGUUCAAAUCAAUUUUUCCAUAACUGAAAGCUUAUUAUUACUAUUGUUAUAUUAUCCCAUAUAAUUUUGUGCCCACUUGUACAACACCUGUUCUGUAAAUAUGUGGGAUUACUGAAAUAAGUUCCUGAGUGGACUAAUAUGUAUUUGCUAAAGGGCUAGCUUGGGAAAUUCAUGACUUGCAAGCAUAUUCAGACCCCAAAAAGGGGCUAAAACGUCCCUUCUAUACUACUUUACUAGUAUAAAAUACUAGGCAUAUCUGCUCCUUGGUAGGUUGACUGGCUCAAUAUCUUUCUCACAUUCUUUAACUCAAACAUUUUAAUGCAAGCAUAGAAUUUUUUUUCAGGGUUAAAUGAUGUUUUUGCUGCUAAAGCAUGCUCUGGUGACAUGUUAGCACUGAAUUGCUCAAGUUAUGAUUAUACAAUCAAUAUUGUUCUCGCUUGGUACCAGACAUCUCAUAGCUGUGCACAAAACCUCAGUACAGAAGUAUCUUCAUGUCGUCCAUUUGAUGCCAAGGAAACAAUUGUAACACACUGUCAGGACUACAAGGAAUGUCACAUUACUUUGAGCGAAUCUUUAUUUAAUUAUACCUGUGGUUUUGAAAGACCUCAACUGAAAGUUUUCUAUCAGUGUACAAGCAAAAAUCUUAAAAGUAAGUAUGGAACCCUGUUGUAUGACCUCGCGGUUAAUACAUCCACACCUUCUUACAUUCACUUUUCUUUUUGUGUGUGUACAAGAGUUUGCUAAUCCUUAUUCUACUUCCCUAUUAAUGUGGCCACCCCUUUUUUUAACUAAUUAAUUUACCCUAUGACAACCUUUUUGCCAACUUUCUUCAAUGAUUAUUUUAUGAUGUCACUGUGGAGACCAUUUGAAUGCAGAGUGAAACAGUUAUGGCAAGUGAGACAAUCAAUUAAUCUGCUAUUUGAGUGAUGUAGCGAGCUUCAAGCAUUGUUAAAAGUUGUAAGAAGUGCAUUCCCAAUUACGUUUUGAAAGUGUUAAUUAUUUCUGUCAUCAACAGUUUGGAAAGGCUUUGUUUCAUAAUGUUAUCCCACCCUGGCCACGCUAUUAAUAUAACCAGUCGGGGAGAACAAUAUUGUCCGAAAGUUUUCACAAAUUUGUUUGUAACAAAUUAAUAGGGUUUUCAGUGAUAAGAAGUAAUUGUCUCAGGGCACUUGUUAAUGGUCAAAACUGGCUGAGUGGUCACAGCAGUCUUUUGAAAAUGAAACAGGCUUUUUUGGUUAGACUGUUUUUUUAAGUACAUGUAAUCCUUUCACUGCCUUUUGUCUUAUUCUCUUUAUGACUGAACUGGUUUUGGCCAGCCAUUUCUGGUUAAUGGGGAGUGCCCUAACUUUACUUAGUAGCAAUACUGAGCCCCAUCACUUCAACACAACACAAGUUUAAUCAUACUUUUUUGUCAUUUAUUUUCUCUUACUAGCACGAGCGCCGACACCUCCACCAACACAACCAACCACUAAAGCACCAUCAACAACCACACCUUCUACCACUAGUCCCCCCAUACCAUCACAAUCAUUGAUAGGUCAUAAUACCAGCUCUUCAACCCCUGUUUCAUCAACAGACCUUACAACCACAAUCCCUCCAUCACAGGCAGUCUUUUCUGUUAGCACUGAUAUUCCUCCUACAACAAAACGUACGACAUCUUCUCCGGUGGUGGUUGGAAAGGAGGCUCAGAUGGGAGGUGGAGUGGCGUCUGGAAGAUUGGUUGCCAUUAUUGUGGUAGUGAUUGCAGUGAUUGUUGUUACAAUCCUGAUUCUCCUUUGCCUUGUUCACAAGAAGAGGUAAGAGAAGUAUUAAGAAGAUGAGUUUUUAUGUUCAGUUUGAGAAGGCAGCAUUGCUGAGUGUGGUCACUGCAUUGGAUUCGCAGUCUGGUAGUCUCAGUUUCAUGUCCAGCUCCCACCACACUCACUUCAUUUUUUAGCUUCUUCAAAUCCUUGGAUGUGAUUGUUAUUAACAAGCAGUUCUUUGCCAGCUACUGCCAGUUGGGUUUUUGUCCUCUUACCUAUUUUUGUAUUAUUUACUUGGAAUUGUUUGAGUGAAGUGCCUGAAAAUAGCGUCGAGUAGCUAAGUGCACUUCAACUAGAAACAAGUCAUUUAUGUUUCUACAUUCACUUGCAUGAAUAGGAGUGCAGAAAUUCUGAAUGGAAAAGAAAUGGUUCGUGCCUUGUGAAAAUGAACUUCAGCUUUCAUCAAGAGUUAAGCCCAGAAAUUCUGUAUGUGCACAUCUACUCCCUUGCUAGCCAUUCUAAACACAAGAUGUUAAAUAACCAUUUUUCUCCAAAAACUGGUGUCUAGGGAAAAUUCAGACCCGUUCUGGCUAAAACUUUGUCUCUCAUUUGAGACAUUACAUUCUUUAUUGUUCUUAGUUUUUUUCAGCAGUCCUUUUUGCCACCCAUUCACUGGUAACUUUCCACCCAAUGUCGUUAAAAUUAAUUGUCACACAUUUUCAGGCCCACGAUUCUAAACCAGACCAUUUUUUGUUCAUGUUGCUUAAGCACCGCUGAUAGGCAGAGACGUUUUUAAGAAAUGAAGAACAGCUGAGCUGCGACAUGCAGUGUUGAUGAAAUUACCUUAAUGAAGACAUUAAUUCUAUAAACCUGCAGAAAAAAUAAAGGAAAAGGAAGUCAUAUGCAAAUAGUGACAUACAGUCCAGAGAGGGAAUAUAGCUCGCCAAAUACAGGGAAGGCAGUGAAAUGCAGCCAUGCUGACAAUAGAGAAUACUGCUUACCAGACAAUAAUACAAGAACACCAUACAGUCCGGACAGAGAAUAUUGCUUACCAAAUAAUACUACAGCGAAUAGGUUGGUUGAAAUUCUUUCUUUAGGGAAAAAUCUGUUGAAUUUACUGAGAUACUAGGAUUACGAAAAGUUCAAUUUGAGGGGUAUGCUGUAGAGGUAGAUUCACAUUGACGGUGUUAGCUGCAACUUUCAACUCAAGUCUGCAGAUUCAACUCAAGUCAUUUUUGCAGAUUGUAAAAUUUUCAAAGCCCCAAAAACGUUUUGAUGGUUCAAAAUUUUGAAUGGCUUGGUCGACGAUAGCAAAAUUCAUCCAAACUUAUUCAAGAUUGGAUUCAGAAUUUUGAAAAAUCGCUCAUUCAAAACUUAUUAGGGUAAAAAUGCUCUCAAAAACUUAAAGGGAAAACAUGGUGCGGCAAGAUAAAGUUAAUGCCCGCUCGCUUCACACGCAUUGACUCAAGAGUAUAAAGUAACUGUUGGAUUGAAUAGUGUGAUAUAGAACCACAUUUACGGUAAACGUCAGAUUAAGUUUGACAGUGUCUGCUCGAAACAGGAAGUCCCCAAUGGUGCAUAACCCUAACCCCAAACAAUACUUCAACAAUUGAAAGAAUAACAUGUCAUUGUUUUCUGCUACCAAUCAGGAGAGACCUUACGAGCAGCUCCCACACAACCGCCUAAAAUAAACAGACAAUUACUUUGCCAAAUAAUUCUAAGGGAUGAAUGGGACAACAAAAUUACUUAUUUUUGUGCGGAACUCAGAAACCAAGAAUACGUGAAAAUUAAAGAGUAUCUCCCUUGCUGAUUGUUUCUCUUAAGGCUGUUUUCUAACUCUCACUAACUUCCCUUGUUCGCUAGGUGUCCUCUAGAUUACAGUGGAAGCAGAAAAGGAAACGCUUAUGAAACUAUGAAUAUCUUGUACCUAAGGUAAAUUUUCAUUCAUCUCUUACACUCCAGUUUUUAUACUCGCAAGGAUUUUUUUUUUGCUGAGGACGAAGAUGAGGGUGUGGAUGAUGAUGAUGAUGAUGAUGAUGAUGAACGGAAUAAAAGCUGGCUCAUGGCGACUAACCUUUGCCUCUCGGCAUCUAGGAAAUAUCUAGCUUUUACACUUGCCACUUGUAUUUCGGAGGUUUAGAGGCUAUGCUGUCCCUGAAGGGUUUUCUUAGAGCACAGCUUUGUUUUUUGUUCUCCGCAUGUCAAAUGGUUACUGCAUCGGACUGAGGAUCAAGAGGUCCGUGUUCAGGCCCUGCCAGGGUCACUGUGUUGUGUUCUUGGCCAAGACACUUUAUUCUCCUCUCGCAGGGCCUGAUCGCUCUACCCAGGUUUUUAAAUGGAUACAGGCCGAAUUGAUGUUGGGGUGGGUAUAAACCUGUAAUGGAGAUAUUCGUAGUCGCUUCGUGCUAAAGAAACUGGGUGAAUCUCCAGCGUGAUGAGCCAUUUGGCUUAAAAGCAGACUUACUCUCACCAGUGGACGGCUGAAAUAAUGACUACCAUUGCUAUCUUUUUUGAUGUUUCUAGUACUGAUAACGUCACUGAAUCGAACGAUCGUGGGACUGAAGACGUCAAAGCGUAUGCAAGGUAUUUGUUCAUUGCCACCCUUAAAAGUUACCAUUUUUUUGUGUUCGUCACACAGUGCGUUUUAGGCAUCGCUAAUCCAUUGCGGUAUGCAGGACGCGUGUCAUACAUCUACCUAGUAAGGAGCUUUGUUGUCCACGGGUCUCUUCGUAACCGAGUGAAUAGAGUGCUAACCCAGCAGUCAAAGAUUUGAACGCUGACAGGGACUGACUUAAUCUCAGGAUAUUCUUCUUCGUCCAAUGAUUGCCACAUGAUGAUCCUUCUAAUUUUCCCUAGACCUGUUCAGUUUGUAUACCUUAAUUCUACACGUUGAACUUUGUUAUUUAACCAGUUUAAUUUCAUCUUACAUUGUAGCUGUUCUGUGGCUCCAACUUCACCGAAAGUGACGGAAAACCCUCUUUACAAAACGUAAGCUUUGGUCUCUUUAAGCCCUUGUUUACUAAUUAUUACGGAUAAAACUAAAAAAUACCCUGUUUUUAUAUGUAAUUUAAUGGCAAAUCAAGUACAUUUUCGUAUGGGAGAUCCUAACUUGUGCAAACUGCUGAGACUUCACAUCUAGUAUUUUCCACCCUUUUGUUCCCCAUACAUUUUUUGUAAACGUCAACUCUGCAGACCCUUAACGUCAUGAGACGUACAGUUCAGUGAGCACAAGUGAUAUUUUUGUAAGUUACUUUGACUUACAUGUCAUUAAUCUUUAAUCUUUAAUCACAGUUCGUAACCAUACAUAACUGAUACAAAUGAACUAAUACUAACAUAUACAAUCGAACAAAAACAAAAAAAAUGGUUAACAGGACGGUAGUAGGGGGAAACCAAAUUCCCAUGCUAAGACAUACCUUCCAAAAAAGAAAAAAGAAAAAAAAUAAAAAAACAAAUUAAUUAAUAUAUAAACAUAUAUUAAAAGACUAUAAAUUAGACUAUAAAUUAUAAACCUAGAUGCCUAAUAAUAAUGCAUAAACUUAUAUUAAAGACACUAUGCCUAAUAUUUUAAGGUAAAUUAUGAGCGAAGGUACUUAAUCAGUGAAACUUUAAAACUUUUUUUUGAUGCAGUAACUAUAAACAAGUUAUUUCUUUUAUUGAGUCAGAUGCAGUAAAUGAUGGAAUUAUAUACAAUGGUAUUGUUAUCUCUAGUAGCUGUGUUUUUAUAUUUGUAAUCUCUAUUUAAUGUUUUUUUCCAGAGUUGCUCCUCCAUUCAGUGGUCCAAAACCCUCUACACAAAGAUAUGAAUUGUAAGUAUUCUCAGAUUAAAGAAGAGAGUUGUUAGUUUUAUUACAUUGCGCCAGUGGAUGCAGGAUGUCGGGGUGUUUUGGACACCCCAAUUGAUGGACGAAGGUUUGAAGCGCGGCUAAGGAAGGAAGUAAUCUUACUUCGUUUUGUCACCGUCAACAAAUGACAUGUAUUAGUAGUAUAGCGGGGGUAAAAUUAACCGUUUUAGUAGAUCUUCCAAUUCCUUGUUGGUGGAGUACUCCCGGUUCUGACCGCAUGAGUGUAAAUAGAUUUAAAACCGUGUAAACGCAUACAAACAUCCGUCUAUGGUUUCCGUCUACCUGUCAACGGCAGUUAAUUAAUUGAAACUUUGGCAAGCACGGUACUUAGACUGUCCUGGGUAGAUGAGUCAUCAGUUGUAAACGGAAAAAUAUCAAUCACGCUUGAACAUGCAGCCGGCUGUAAUGUUUUACAGGCUUUGGCAUGGUUAGGUCAGUCGGUAGAGAGCUUGACUGUAGAACGAAAGGUCACGGAUUCGAUCCCCGGGAAGAGAGGGCGUAAAACAAGAUGGAUGCAUUCUUAGCGAUGCACAUUAUUUCUUUUACAAGAUUUUCAGUUUGACAGUUUUAUAAUAGACCUCUGAGCUUGAACGUUUGUUUCCUCAAUGUAGGUCACGUAGUGCCCUCACGGGAAUUUUUCCUUUGUCUUUUUUUUACGUAAAUAAGCACAUGAAUGGCUAUUGCGCAACUUCUAAUCUUGGGUAUCGUAUGGUACUAAGGGUAACCUUUAACAAGUUUGGGCUUUUUGUCACUCGCUUGCCUUUUUAGCGUCAUCUUGAAUUACAUCAUGGGCAGACCAUGGUCACGUGCUAGGCAACGAAAAAAGCUCCGUAACACCCGAGAUAUUGUUGAUAAAUGGAUAAUCCAACCGACCGGUGUGGGUAACAAAUAAAAACAGAGUUCUGAACUGUUUGUUGACGUUUUACUACUCGCUGGGCUUUGCAAACAAUUUGUUUCAUGUAAGAAUGAUGUAGCUUGUUUACUGAUGUUUGCGUGACACAUUUCGCGUUAUUGGUCAAUCUCGACUCAGAGCUCUUCUGCGCACAAAGAGAGUUUUCAUCGGCUCGCGCAUGCGUCGGGGCUGACAUAGCCCCUUUAAAAUGUCCACGGAUAUAAAUUUUCCCCAUGGAGAUAUCAUCGACUUUACUCUGUGGCAUUUUCGUCCACGUCCAAUCAAAAGAUAUUCUUACUUCAAACACACUUUGUGAUGUACGAUUACUACUAGUUCAAGACCUACAUUGGGAAAACUUGACUUACAAGAUAAAGAGGUCUAUUAGAUAAAGAAAGUAUUGGUACUAAAAACACGGGAAGUCUCUCCUUUAACAACACUUUAAUCAUGACUGUAUUUUAUUUACACUUGUAGGGUGAAGCCAUCCUCUGAUGAAGAAGCAAGGUAAGAUCAAGAUCUUUUACGUUUACUUGAUCCACCUCAGUAGCAUGAAGAGCACCCCUCAUUCUCGACUAGCCCGACAUUUUUUGUGUAAUUUAGGGGCGUUUCACGCUGUUCACACCACUGCACUCUUCAACAUCACUCAUUCUCAGUACUUUAAUGGGCGUUGUGCCUUUCUGGUGAGUUUGCGUCUGACUUGCCUUUCAUCAGUAGUAUGUGAUUUUUUGACGGGGAUUUGCUAUCUUUAGUCCCCCAGAUAGCCCUCUUCCCGAAGUCAGAUCCAUUCAAAACCCAAACUACGAAAAUACGCUCCCACUUAUGGUAAGUUUCAUUUCAUAUUUUCCUUUUUGUUUUCAAUUCCUCAUGUUUCUGCCUUGUGAAGAACCUAUUCCAGUGGUACUUUUAUCAUGGCAAUUCUUGUAAAACGUUGGUGCAAUUCUCAGCAUGCAUCAUUUCUCUUCGACGAACGGCGCUUCCGACGUCGAUAAGUAGACUAACAUGAAACUAACAGUGGAUGUUUAAAGUACCUUUCUGUGAUUGUCAGUUGAGUAAGGCGUGAUGGACAGGUUCAACUGAGAUUUCUCAUUUGAAACUUUUGGAACAAUUUUUUCGCGCUCAUUUUGCCUUCAUAAUUGAUUUCUCAGCCACGUUAUCAUUUUUUCUAGGAGUUUCCCUUUGGCAGUUCAUUUCUUCAAAAUCCCGUUGACAUGGAUCAUCUGUUAAAGCAAUUACCCCCAUAUCUUCAUUUAAAUUUGUAUUUCCGCAGUUUUUUUCAUUCUAAGUUUCAUUUCUUUCGCGGGUUAAUUUGUCCCAAAUUUCAUUGAAUUGCAAUUACCACAUGGAUUUGAAGAAGUCCCCAAAUUUUUUUCGGGUUAAUUUGAAAUUGCUUGAGUUGGAAUUACAACUGCGACGAUCAAAUCUUCAUUUAAAUUUUGUUAUAUUAGCCUGCUCGUUUAAGCGCUUCCGACCCAGUAAACCUUGCUUCUCCAAUAUUUUAACUGAGGCUUCUUUCUUUUCACUCACCCAUGAGUAGAACACUACGUAACUACUUUAAUUAUCAUCAUUUUUAUCCCUUUCCUCUUGCAGACCCCUGAAAACGUCCUUCCAGAUGCAAAUUGCUGACCUGCAAAGCAGGAACUGUGUGAAAAGUAAGAAUAAAUUAUUGAUUGGAAAGAAAAAAUCAAGGACGAAACUGAAUGUUUGCGUUUGUUUGAAUGUUUAUGUUUGCGUGUGUAUGAGGGGCCGGGGGCCGCUUUGUGGUGUGUCUUAAUAAGUUAAGUUCUUCCGUGUGUUUACAGACAUAUUUUACAUUUCCUCUUUCCGCUUGAAACGGACAAAUAGAGUUCUUGAUCUUGUUGCGAGGUGUUAAAAUUAGGGUCAAACAUGCUAAAACUACUAUUACAGGCCAGUUUCGAGUUAUUCAAUUUCAUACGUGGCUACGAGGCUGUGGGGAUCGCACUGAGAUUCAGGGAUGAAUAAUUCAUUUCUUUUGUUUUACUCCCCCCUCGGCCUCGGAGUCAAGUAUCAUUUUUGAUAAUCCGAAACUAGCUCAUUGACACCAGUAACCCUCGUGGAACAGUGUAGUUUUCGGUGUUUUUCGUUGUCAUUUAUGUUAUUUUUCCGGCCUAUUUAAACUACAGUAUGUAUCCCUUUCGGGCAACAAAAGGUUUAAUUACAAAAUUACACCUAAUUGUAUUUUAAAUGUUGUCUGACAAAAAUGAAAAACCAAAUGAGAGUUAAUUAGCUUGUCAUAACCAGUUGACGGAUUUCUGUAAUCCAUCAGAUACCGAACGUUAAAACUAGCGUCUCCGGUCUUCUUUACAUACUUAACAAUUAUUCUUUGAAAUCGAGGUGAAUAGUGGCAAAAUAUUUACCUCGCCGCUUUCGCGGCUUGGUAAAUAUUCCCAAAGCCACUAUUCACCGAGAUUGAGAAGAAUAAUUGUUUUAGUAUAUACACACGAAGUGAUCUCAACAAAAUCAGAAAGGAAACCAUUCAAAAGUAGGAUUUGAUUGACAGAUCAAAUCACGCGUAAGUUUAAAAAUAGAUCUUUGCAGAAUUUUCAAACAUGGCAAUUCACAAGUUUACUCAUUUCGCAAACAACAGCGUAAUGGCUUCAAUGGAAUCGCUAAAGGUUUGAACUGUUUCCUUACCUGAGAAAAAAAGUAGAGCUGUGUUGUUUUCUGUUGACUCGCCAAGUUUAUAGCCAAAAGGGCAUGUUGUGUCGUUCUUCGCAUGAAGUGCUGACAAAAAUGGCGGCUCGGUUGCUCGAGGUAAGAGGUCGUCUUCGUCUUCCUGUAUCAUUCUUUUUCCUGUUUACUUGAAAUGUAGAAUUUCUGCAAACAUUUCCUUUUAAAUUUGUUUGUCAUAAAUAAACUUCGAUUUUUGAGCCAAAAUUUUCUUCUUAGAAAACGCUGAGUUCACGAAACGGCUUCUUCUACGCGAAUACACGGGAGUUGUAAACAAUCCAUCGAGCACAAAACUCCUGCUACAGUAAAUUGAAAAACGCCGUAUUGAAUCCUUCCAAGUCUUUUCUUGCCUUAAAAAAAGUCAGCCCUAGGAUUUUGUCGACUUUUAAAAGAUCGUUCUCUAAAAAAAACGGGAAAAACACCGAGCUCACACAUUAUCCACUCGCUAGGAGGUGAAUAUUGUUGAAUAGUCCGAGAUAGCGAAC